UAUGCGUGGCUGGGGGGCGCCGGGCAGAGUCCCACUCGAUUAUCCGGGGUCUUAUAACAGGRCAGAGCGGCUCCCAGCCUGCCGCCAUGGACGUAUACCCCGUGCACCAGCUAGGGCUGCCCCGCUCACGGUUCCCCGGCAGCUCCGGCCGCGGGUCGCCCUCCGUCAGCUGUAGCCGACUCCGCCAGAUACAGAGCAUCCUAACCCAGAGCAGCAAGUCUCGGCCUGAUGGGAUCCUGUGCAUCCUAGGAAUUGAUAGCAGGUACAAUGAAGGCUGCAGAGAGCUGGCAAAUUAUCUUCUGUUUGGUUUAUACAAUCAGAAUAUCAGUGAUUUUGAGAAAACGGGAUUUUCUGAAGAAGUUCUCGAUGAUGUAAUUAUAUUGAUUAAAUCAGACAGUGUCCAUCUGUACUGUAAUCCUAUCAACUAUCGUUAUCUMUUACCCUAUGUGGCACAUUGGAGAAAUCUGCAUUUCCACUGCAUGACUGAAAACGAGUAUGAAGAUGAGGAAGCUGCAGAAGAAUUUAAAAUUUCCAGCUUUGUAGACAUGGUUCGAGACUGUAGUAGAAUUGGCAUUCCUUACAGCUCCCAAGGUCACUUGCAGAUAUUUGAUAUGUUUGUGGUGGAAAAAUGGCCAAUUGUACAGGCCUUUGCACUGGAGGGCAUUGGAGGGGAUGGAUUUUUUACCAUGAAAUAUGAGUUGCAGGAUGUGAGUUUGAAUCUCUGGAAUGUCUACAGCAAGAUGGAUCCUGUGUCUCUGGAGAAUUUGCUAUCAGAAGAUUUGGUUGCUUUUGAACAUCAGUGGACUAGCUUCUUCGCUAAUUUUGAUACAGAAAUUCCUUUCCUGCUAGAACUUUCAGAAUCUCAAGCAGGCGAGCCAUUCAGAAGUUACUUCAGUCAUGGAAUGAUCUCCAGCCAUAUAACUGAAAACAGCCCUAAUCGGCAGCCAUUUGUACUCUUUGGUAAUCACUCAACUCGAGAAAAYCUGAAUGCUGGAAACUUUAACUUCCCUUCUGAAGGGCACUUGGUACGCAACACUGGUCCUGGUGGGAGCUUUGCUAAACACAUGGUAGCACAGUGUGUCUCACCAAAAGGACCUCUUGCAUGUUCAAGGACCUACUUUUUUGGAGCUACUCACAUUCCUUACUUGGGUGGCAGUGACAAGCUGCCCAAGAAAACUGAACAAAUUAGGCUCUUGUCCCAGAUAUAUGCUGCUGUUAUUGAGGCUGUUUUGGCUGGCAUUGCAUGUUAUGCUAAAGCUUCCAGUCUAACAAAGGCCAAAGAGGUAGCAGAGCAGACUCUGGUAUCUAAGUUAGAUUCCUUUGAGCUGGUUCAGUUUAAGACAGCCCUAUGCUCCAAGAUGGCUUUUCAUAUACAUGCUGUGAAUAAUCAAGGAAGAAUUGUGCCUCUGGAGGGUGAAGAUAGUUUAUCCUUUGUGAAAACGGCUUGUAUGACUGUCUAUGAUAUUCCUGAUUUGCUGGGAGGAAGAGGGUGCUUAGGAUCUGUGGUCUUCUCAGAAUCAUUUUUGACAUCUCAGAUCUUAGUUAAAGAAAAGGAUGGCACUGUUAUCACAGAGACCAGCUGCAUAGUCCUGACAGCUGCCAUACCCAGAUUCUGCUCCUGGCUGGUAGAAGAUGAUGAAGUAAAAUUGUCUGAGAAAACCCAGCAAGCAGUGAGGGGAGAUGAGUGUUUCCUGGGYACUUUUCUAACAGGAGGAGAAGGAGCAUAUCUUUAUUCCAGCAAUUUACAGUCCUGGCCUGAAGAAGGAAACUUGCAUUUCUUCUCUAGUGGCCUUCUGUUUUCUCACCGUCAUCAUGGAAGUAUCAUCAUUUCCAAGGAUCACAUGAAUUCCCUUUCCUUCUAUGAUGGGGAUUCUACCAGUGUUGUGGCUGCCCUUUUUAUCAACUUCAGAAGCUCAUUGCUUCCUCAUCUCCCAGUUCAUUUCCAUGGAUCAAGCAACUUUCUGAUGAUUGCUCUUUUCCCCAAAUCAAAGAUAUAUCAAGCAUUUUACUCAGAGGUCUUCUCCCCCUGGCAACAGCAGGAUAAUUCAGGGCUCUCUUUAAAAGUGAUCCAGGAAGAUGGAUUAUCUGUGGAACAAAAGAAAUUGCACUCUAGUGCACAGAAACUCUUUCGUGCCCUGAACCAUCCUGCUGGGGAGAAUUGGAGUUCUUCAAAGCUGCUCUCAGCUAAACUCCCAGAGCUGGACUGGUUUCUUCAGCAUUUCGCUGUCAGCAGCAUUAGUCGGGAGCCUGUGAUGCGGAUCCAUCUUCCGAUCCUGCUGCAGCAAGCUGAAAUCAGCCCUCCUCACAGAGUAGAAAAUGACAAGGUAAUUAUCAGCAUUGUAACUGGCCUGCCAGGCUGUCAUGCUAGUGAGCUCUGUGCUUUUCUGGUCACCCUGCAUAAGGAAUAUGGCAGGUGGAUGGUGUACCGCCAAAUCAUGGAUAGCUCUGAAUGUUUUCAUGCUGCCCACUUCCAGAAAUACCUUUCUAGUGCCCUGGAGGCCCAACAGAAUCGCUCUGCCCGUCAAUCAGCCUACAUCUGCAAGAAGACCAGACUGCUGGUAGUGUUACAAGGCUACACGGAUAUAAUUGAUGUCAUCCAGGCCCUGCAGACCCACCCAGACUCAAAUGUCAAGUCCUUCUUCACCAUUGGUGCCAUCACGGUUUGCAUGGAGCCCCUGAGCUGCUACAUGGAGCACAGGUUUCUCUUCCCUAAGUGUCUUGACCAGUGUUCACAAGGCCUGGUGAAUAAUGUGGUGUUCACCAGUCACACCACGGAACAGAGGCACCCCCUCCUUGUUCAGUUACAGAGUCUCAUCAGGGCUGCCAAUCCUACCACAGCCUUCAUUCUUGCAGAAAAUGGCAUUGUCACCAGGAAUGAAGACAUUGAACUGAUUCUCUCAGAAAAUAGUUUUUCAAGUCCUCAGAUGCUGCGAUCCCGAUAUUUAAUGUACCCUGGCUGGUAUGAAGGUAAAUUCAAUUCUGGAUCAGUCUUCCCACUGAUGGUUCAGAUCUGCGUAUGGUUUGGCCGUCCCUUGGAGAAAACUCGCUUUGUGGCCAAGUGUAAAGCAAUUCAGUCCUCCAUCAAGCCAAGUCCCUUCUCUGGAAACAUCUACCACAUCCUGGGCAAAGUGAAGUUUUCAGACUCUGAAAGGACCAUGGAGGUCUGCCACAACACUCUGGCCAACUCCCUGAGCAUCAUGCCAGUUUUGGAUGGACCCACACCACCUCCUGACUCAAGAAGUACACCUCAAGACAGCAAUGGGCAACAAGAGUGCUACCUGGUAUUCAUUGGCUGCUCCCUGAAGGAAGAUAGUCUCAAGGACUGGCUACGGCAGUCAGCUAAGCAGAAGCCUCAGAGAAAAGCUCUGAAGACCAGGGGAAUGCUGACUCAGCAGGAGAUCAGGAACAUCCAUGUAAAGCGCCACCUGGACCCACUACCUGCAGGCUAUUUUUACAAUGGUACUCAGUUUGUUAACUUCUUUGGUGACAAGACUGAUUUUCACCCACUCAUGGACCAGUUCAUGAAUGACUAUGUAGAAGAAGCAAACCGGGAAAUUGAGAGGUACAACCGGGAGCUGGAGCAGCAGGAGUACCAUGACCUCUUUGAGCAGAAGUCCUAGAGGAAGCUGGGUCCAUAUACCCACCAGAGAUGGACAAAUGGGGUGUCUAACCCCAGCUCUCCCAGGCACCCUCCUGGAGGGGCUGUCUUUGUCCUUUUUGACUUUUGUGUGCUGCUGGAGUACAUGUUGUCAUUUUUCUCUCUACAGCGCUGAAAGGCAUCACCUGCACCACUGAUUGRGGGGUGGGGGUGGGGAUCCUCAAGGAUGAGCAGACAGGACUGCCCAUUGUGUGCAGCUGUCAGUCCAGGCCCUCUGGGUCUCUGGUAACAGUAGAUUUUUUGAGCUGCUGAGGUACCAUGUGAAGGGAGAAGCAUUUGCAUUGCACAAAGGAACUGCCAGGACUUAGAAGGAACCCUGGCUGCCCCAUCAUGGCAGUGCCUGGGGAAUAAGACCACUCCAGGCCUCAGGCCUCAGAUACUACCCCAGGACCCUCAUCCCCAGUGGGGCUUGCUGCUUCUGCUUAGGGCCUUUCAUUAAAGGAGCUGGCCCUAUUGGCCCUAGGCCUGGUCUAUGGGGGAGCAGCACAAGCCCUGCCCAAGCCAACCCACAGAGCCAGCUAAGAUCCAUAGCAUGUUCGAAAAUGAGGGGAUUUCCCUUGUGGACUAAACUGAGAAAAAGGCAUGUUUUCUAGAAGUGUGUGGCUCUUCAGUUGACAUCAGCAGUCCCCUUGUGAUUCAUUCUGAGCUCUCCUGUGGUAUCACUUGUGUCCCAAAUUCAGGGACAAGACCAAACCUGUGGCCCAAGGCCUAUUGACACUGGUUUUCUAUCAAGGGGAGCAUCCUGCAAGUAGUUAGUCUUAGGCUCAGGGAAGGUCUGCUUUUCAACCACAAACUUCAGAAAACUCAUGCCCUCACCCCCCAACCAUUGUUUCUUAACCCUGGGUUUUCUUGGCUCCAAUGGAUCAGAAAUGUCAAAAGAGUUCUAAUAUGCAAGUUAGAAUUCCUUCCAGUGGCUUUGUUUUCAGAUGGACCAUAAAGCAAAGGGGAAUUAAAUUGUGUUCCAUGUCUGACCUUCAUAGUUAGUGUGGGGGACAGGAGAUCACAGGCACUGAUAUUAAGGUGAUAUCUAUUAGGAUUUCAGCACCUCAGCUGCCUAGGUUGUAAAUGUUUUCUGAAUUUCAUGUUCUUUUGCAUGCCUUAGAAAGAAGCACAUAGGUGAAACCAGCAUAGUUUCCUGUAAUGUAGAGGGGGUUUUGGGAAAGACCCUUGUUGCAGAGGAUGGAGCCAGGAUGGAGCACAUGGARUCUGUGUGCAUAGUCACACAGCAUCCUGCAAUGCAAGUAACAAAGCAGUUAUCAAGGGCUCGUCAGUAAAAUAUACGUAUAUUAGAGAAAAACAAUUUAUGUUUGAAAUCAAAUGAAUAAAAUUACAAAUACCAUUGAAUGAGAAAUCUUGCAUUAAGAAAGGCUCCUGAAAUUCAGAUCCAUGUGCUUCAGUCCUAGCUCCAAAAGCCACUGGUGACAAUGGCUUCUCUGUGGAGCCCAAGUCUGGGAGCCCUGACUUCUGGCUGGCCAGAGUUCAGGGCCACAAAUGGCCUGCCUCUGCUUCAAAAUCAAUAACAUAGAUCUUAAGUGCAAUUGAUUAAUAAGCAAUGAGUUACUGUAGCUUCCUUUAGCUCUACCGAGCUCUUUUUAAAAACUCAAACUUGAGCAGCCUUAGA